UUAGGAGCAGUCAGUGUGUACACUAUACACAGAUCAACAGGGAGUAAAACGAACAGAGAGAAAGACAGAAGGAGGUUUUCUUGAAAAGACACGGGAGAGAAGGUUGAAACACCUGCCGGACGGUGUUUGGAGAGUUGAGGUGACGGACAGUGAAGCUCCAGCAGCAGCACCAUCACUCUAACAUCAUGCAGCCCUGAAGUGAAGGACGCGUCAGCUGUGGUGUGCUACAGGAGGCACCCUGACAGCGAGGAGGCCAGAGAGAACCUGACAGACAGCAGAGGAGAGGAAGAGGAAGGGAAGAUGAGAAAGUGAAAAGCCGGUUCGUUGCUUUUGGACAGCGGCAGAAGAAUCUACAAGGACUCCACUUCCUAUCAUCCCACAGGUCCCAGAUCUAAUUGGAUGGUUUUGUCAGAAUGACAGCAGAAGAUCCUGCUUCUUCCUCGACUAUGAACAACAACGCAGCGCCCUCCAAACCCCCCACUGAUGCCCCCCAUCACUCUCUCCAUGGACAGAUCAGCAUCCCUGAUGGUGUUGCAGGUGCUGUCAACGAGGCUGCACUGGUGGCUCUGAUGGAACGCACCAGCUACAGCAUGGUCCAGGAAAAUGGUCAGCGUAAAUAUGGCCCUCCUCCUGGUUGGAGUGGUCCAUCACCUCCUCGGGGAUGUGAAAUCUUUGUGGGCAAAAUCCCACGGGACGUUUAUGAGGAUGAGCUUGUCCCUGUGUUUGAGUCCGUGGGGCGCAUAUAUGAGAUGCGACUGAUGAUGGACUUUGACGGGAAGAACCGAGGGUAUGCAUUUGUGAUGUACACAGAGAAACAUGAAGCCAAACGUGCCGUGCGAGAGCUCAACAACUAUGAGGUACGGCCUGGACGGCUCCUGGGGGUGUGCUCCUCCGUGGACAACUGCCGUCUUUUCAUUGGUGGCAUCCCCAAAACCAAAAAGCGUGAGGAGAUUCUGGAGGAGGUUUCUAAAGUCACAGAAGGCGUACUAGAUGUCAUAGUUUAUGCCAGCGCCGCAGACAAGAUGAAGAACCGUGGCUUCGCCUUUGUAGAGUAUGAGUCGCAUCGUGCAGCCGCCAUGGCUCGCAGGAAACUGAUGCCUGGCCGUAUUCAGCUGUGGGGUCACCAGAUCGCGGUGGACUGGGCUGAGCCAGAGAUUGACGUGGACGAAGACGUGAUGGAGACAGUGAAAAUCCUCUAUGUCAGGAAUCUAAUGAUGGAGACCAGCGAAGAGACAAUUAGACAGGUGUUCAGCCAGUGGAACCCUGGGUGUGUUGAACGUGUAAAGAAAAUCCGUGACUAUGCAUUCGUCCACUUUACCUCUCGGGAUGAUGCAGUCCAGGCUAUGGACCACCUCAACGGCACAGAGGUGGAGGGGUCCUGCAUCGAGGUGACACUCGCCAAGCCAGUUGAUAAAGAGCAGUACUCGCGUCAAAAGGCCUCUAAGGGGGGAGCUUCUGCCACUCCAGAGGCUACACAACAGAGCUACGUAUAUCAGUGUGACCCCUACACAUUGGCUUACUAUGGUUAUCCCUACAACACCCUCAUUGGACCCAACAGAGACUACUUUGUCAAAGGAUCCCCAAUGAUACAGAACAAUGCAGGUACUGUGAGAGGUCGUGGUCGUGCUGCUGCAGGUAACCGUACCCCUGGACCACGGGGGUCGUACCUGGGGGGUUACUCUGCUGGUCGUGGCAUCUACAGCCGUUACCAUGAGGGCAAGACCAAGCAGCCUGAAAAGCCCUAUGAGCUGAUGCCCAGUCUGGAGCUUGCUGCCUCUGUCAACCCAGUUGGCAUCAAACCUGGCACAAUAUCAUUGCCGACUCUGGGUGGGCAGUACCCAAUGUUUAGUACGGCUCCUGCAGCCAAGCUGAUGGAGGAGGGGAAGGUGCACACGGUCGAGCACCUUAUCAACCCUCUGGCCAUUCAACACCCUGAACAUACCACCGCUGCUGCUGCAACUGUCCUACCGCAGGUCUCUACCCCUCCACCUUUCCAGGGUCGUCCAAUCACUCCUGUCUAUGCCGUUGCCCACAAUGUACAGCGUAUCCCAACAGCCGGAGGCCUGUAUGGAGCUGGAUACGUCCCCAUCACAAACUAUGCUGCCAACACAGCAGCUCUGGCUGCUCUGCAGAAGAACGCAGCUGUGGCGGCUGCAGCAUAUGGGGGCUACACGGGCUACGCUGUGCCACAGUCCUUCCCUGUCACAGCUUUCCAGCUGCCCAUCCAUGAUGUCUACCAGACAUACUAGUUCUGAGGCUUAGACCAAAUGAAACCGCGACAAAGUUAUUCUGCCUGUGACUGAACUACCACUGCGACAUCUGAGCAGUAUCUGUCCCAUCAUAUAGAAACAUCUCUUGAACUUGUAAAUGUCCAAGAGCUCUAAAGGAAUGUUGUUUGAAGCAAAUAUUCAGAAUGCAGCAGCCUGAUAUCUUGUAUCUGUCCAACCUCCUGCCCUCAGUAUACUGUAGCUUGGACCCUAGAUAUGACAGGUUUAAUUAUGCAGCAUUGUUGUUUUUCUGAUGAAUAUUAGAGCACACCUAUAUGACCAUUUCCUCUUACUGAGGAAACCAACCUUAAUGCGAUGACAACAAUAAUUCACAAUAAUAGCACAAAGACAACUCUGACCCCUGCCACACUAUUGUUAUUGCAACAGAUACACUGAAGGUACCCUCCAGUAUUUAUGAAGGGACGAUACAUAUUUAAGGUUUUAUUCUCUGCAGGUGUCUCUUUAUAAGUCGGUGCGGUAUUUGUUCUCUUAAGCAGGAGGGGCAGUCCUUUAAACUAUGUCUAAAAAUAUUGAAUGUAAAAAUGUGGGGGAAAAAAAAGAAAAGUUAAUUGAAAGGAAGUAAAAGUACAACAGGAACUACUGACAAAUGAGGAUUCCACUGAAGACAGCAGUCUUUGCAUAUACUUUUUUUUUCUUUUUAGUAUUUUUGUCAUUAAUAGUAUUCUAGCCAAUUCUACAUGCUGUAGGUGAUGCUGUCCGUCCAUGCUGGUUGAAUGUGUCUGCUUCAAACACACCUAUUUGGUACUUUUUGGUUUAUUGUUGUUGUCUUAAAAUGAAGGUUCGAAGUCUUUUUUUUUUUGCCUAUAAUUUGUUUGCUUGUUUUUAUGUCUCUUCUUUUGAAAACACACAAUACAUCUUGGUUUGCUUGAAGAAAUGUUGCCAGCUAAAUAAUGUUUUUGUCACAGAUUUCUUGGGGAAGAAAUAAUUGAGAUAAAAAAAAACCUGAAAAACAUUUUCAUUGAUCGGCAACGUGGUUUAUCUAUGUGCCUAACAGACAGUGUCAUCAUGCACAUGGAGAUGUUUCCUAUUCUCUGAAACUGGGAAUAAGACUGAACAGAAGUUAGAUGUUUUUUCUCAUUUAUGUUAUCUUUAUUGUUGUUUUUUAACUUUAUGACUCUUGAAAGGUGAACAAAUAUGGACAGAAAUGACAGACAUGUUUCUAUAAAAACUGGAGCACUCUGUCACUUAGAUGCUCCUGCAUUUGCCAAUGCUAAUUAAAAACAUAAGGCCAUAUACACUCCAGUCUCGUAACAUUAGAACUAUUCUCUGGGCCAGACUACAGUGCCUUAUAUACUGUAUGCAUCUAUGCACUACUCUGUGCUUUUCACAGUGCCUUUCAUAACAAAGCUAAGCCCUUGUGGUUGGCACAAAAAAAGGAAAAGAUCUGUGCACAGCACCGGUCUUCUCCACUCAUGUUUCUAGUGAACCAGAUUUGUGGUAUUACAGUAGUGUUUUGGUGAGAUGAGAGAGUUUUGGUCUCUGCAGUUAGAUGUGACAAGGCUACCUCUCUCCUGGGGUCUCUGAAUGCUCCUGCAGUAACACUCCAUAAUGUCUGUAUCCUCUUCAUGUCUCAUCCUUCAAACUUUGCUUGACCAAGGUGCACUUAUUUAUAAAAGGCAAGAGAUUGCCACUGUCAGAUGAAGAGAUGUUAAAUACUGCAUGAAUUAAUGUGUGAAGCGGGAUUGCUGGUGUUUUGCAAUGUCUAUACCUGUAUGUGUGACAGUUUUUCCUCAUGAAUAAAACAUUAAAUAACCCUUAUGAAUGUUUAGCAGGCACUUUCAAAAUUCUGCUAUGCGUGGAACACGAGUUUAAUAUUGAACUGGGAAUAAUGGGAACAUUACCUCACAAUAAACUAUACAAGUAGCCACGCAUGCAUGUACUACAGCACACAAACAUUAUGGGUUUAAGCUGUUGCUUAUCAUGAAGUCACACUCCACAACAUGCAAAAUAUUUGUAUGCUGGCUUGUAUUUGUAAUCCAGCACAAAACAAUAUGAUGAGGCUGACUCUGGGGAUGGUCUGGAUUUUCAUACUGUGAUAAAUUAUUGUUAAUUGAAAAUAUGGAUAACUCGUACAAAUCUCAUCUCACUCCAUCCUCUCCUUUUUGGUACUUCUCUCCCCACUGUAACUGGAUUUGACUUUGAAAACAAACUGCUGUUAACCGAAUUAUUAUGUUCUUGCAUAACGACUAUAAGUCAGGAUAUAUUUAAUAUAUGCAUUACAUGUGUUAUGUAUGAAGUGAGAAAAAAGGUAUAAUAUAUUUUAGAACUUUUUUUUUAUUUACAGCCUGUUUAGGGAUUUAAAAGUCAUCUUAACAAAACUAGAAAAAGAAACCUUUUGCCAAAGUGUCCAAUAGUUUUUAAAGAUUCAAGGUUAUUGUGUUUUUGUUAUGUGUAAUAUUAUGUUUGCUAUUUUGAACUGGAUUUGGUGUCAUGAGUGGGAACACAAAGGUCUAAUCUUCAUGCUACAUAUUAUCACUUUCAACAACCAAGACUAGAACCUGGCAGACUGUGGUGUUACACCCUAUUAGCACUUUGAGCUGUUGGUGUAGCAACUCUGCAUGUCAGCUUUGGUUAAGCUAUCCAAGGUCUACUCAUGGUUUAACAGUGCUGUGUUAGCAGAAAACUGCAUCUUUCUGGUUCUGCCUCCCACUCAAAGCACCUGCUUUACUUUCUAUUGCCUGCAUUGUACUCAAAAGCAGGACGAGCUCAUUGUGUCAGUGGUGUCGAGCUACGUAUGCCUAGUUUAAUAUAGGUGUCACCAUUUAAACUCUUCCUAGUGUGUGCCUUAUUGCCAAAAUGUGCUUUGCUGUAUUGUACACCUGUGCAACCUAUUUUCUAUCUGAAGGUUUGCUUAAAAAAAGCUUGUAUGGCAUUCUUAUAUUUAUAGUGAUAAAGUAGAUAAAUAAAGCAUUUUC